AUGGGAAAUUCUAAGAGUAAAAAGAUGAAAAUAAGUCAAGCGGAUGUACAGCCGUCGGAGGACAAUCAAGAGCGCAUAAGUAGUUUAAAGACCGAGUCUCUCGAUGUCAACGUAAGCAAAACUAGUGGUCAAGUAGAAAUUGCUGCAGAACAAAUGGAAGAAAAAAAUAAUGAUAAUGCCAGCAGUGCGUCUACAGUGGAAGUUUUAGAUGAUAAG